AUGAGUUCGAUUGCCAGGGAGAUCCAACCUAUGAUUGAAAGCAAUCCAGAGAUGCCAAUUCAAGCAAUUCAAAGUCAACUUCUUAGGAAGCAUCAGCUACUACAUAAGGUGUUCAGAGCCAAGAGGAUAGCAACUACCAGGAUUUAUGGUGAUUACCAAGAGCAGUAUGGUCUUCUAAGGUCGUACUGUGAUGAACUGCUCAAAGCCAACCCAGGUAGUACAAUUAAGAUAUAUGUGGAGCCAUGUGGGAACCCAGGUACUCCUACAAGGCAGUUUCGCAGGAUAUAUGCUUGUUUUGCAUCUAUGAUGAGAGGAUUUAAGAUGAUUGUAAGACCACUACUGGGUGUCGAUGGGUGUUUUGUGAAAGGUACUUUUCCUGGACAGAUCUUGAGUGUUGUUGGUAUAGAUGGGAACAAUAGCAUAUAUCCAGUUUGUUAUGCUCUUGUUGAGGCAGAAACAACACAAAGUUGGAAAUGGUUUUUGCAACUUUUGAGAGAUGACCUAAGCUGCACGAUUGAUUCAUCUUUCACUUUCAUCAGUGACAUACAGAAGGGUCUGAUUCCAGCUAUGCUAGCAGUUUUUCCUAAUGCUGAGCACAAGUUUUGUUUGAGGCACAUUCAUGAGAACAUGAAAUCUAAUUGGCGAGGAGAUGUUUACAAGAAUUUGCUUUGGUCAGCCGGUAGGAAGACCUUCAUUCCAUAUUUUAACAAGGCUAUGGAAGAAAUUAAGACAAUAGAACGGGCUAUACAAAUCAUAGGGGCAAAGGACAAGCCGAUUAUCACAUGCUUAGAAUUUAUUAGGGAGUACAUGACCAAGAGGAUAGUGAAUGUAAAGAAAUUGCAAGCAAAGUGUAUGGGGCCACUGACACCUCAUGCCACUGAGGUCUUUGAUGGGAUCAAGAAACAAGCCUCUGAAAUGUCUGUUUUAAUGGUUGAUACAGACAAGUAUCAAGUAGCAGCUAUAGGGGAUAUGUCAAGGAAUAGCAUUGAUGCUGGUAUGCCAGAAGAGUGGGUUUCGGAUGUGUAUUCGUUGUCAACAUGGAAGAAAGUUUAUGAGAAUGUCAUAGAGCCAAUCAAUGGGCCGAAGAUGUGGACUCCUUCUCAGUGUCCAACAACACUUAUCCCACCAAAGCAUCAUACACAUGUUGGAAGGCCAAAGAAGAAGCGAAAGAAGGCAUUUGGGGAAAAAGAGCUUGAGAAUGAGUUCGACAAAGGAGGUAAAAUGACCAGAAAGGGAACCACCAACAAGUGUGAUAAAUGUGGAAACCUGGGACACAACAUCAGGAGCUGCAAAGGACAAGGGGGUGAAAAAUUUGCUGCUUCACAAGAAUCACAUACUGCCACUCAAGGUGCCCCAAUUGACAAUCGUUAUGAUUGA